AUGGGGCAGCCCUCAUGCAUGCUUCUGCCCGCCAGGGUGGUUGUCGUCAUCUUCACAUCCGGCACAUCAUCGACACCUCGUAAUCGCGCUCAGGCCGGGGGCCGAUUGCAUCCUGGGACAGAGGUGGUCUCAAGGUAUCUCGACAAGAUGACUCAAAAACACCCGGUUCACGAUACGGAGCCCAGCGGCGUUCAGCUGGCGAUGAAUACGAGGCCGAGACGCCGAAACGCUGCGUUAACUAGAAAUGGAGGAUUGUUGGAGAGGCUGCGCAAGGCCACGGCGAGUACAGCGGUGUGGUCGACCAACCAUCUGUUGGCAUGA